AUGGCGGUAAGUGUAGUAAGCACAAAUCAGCAAGCUGUUCUGAGGAUGAGUGCACUUCAUCUACUUCGACUACAUCCCGAAGAAGAGCCUAUUUGUACGAAGAGGUACAGUGAUAAAACAGUGACAGUGAGUGGAUUCCAAGCUUACACAGCUCAGGUUUUCUUGUUUUCACUGAUGUCAUCUUUUCUAAUAUCACAAACAACAGUCAGUGUCUUCUUUCUAACAGUAGUAGACUAAAAUUGCGUCUUGUGUAAUUUUUAUUAUGGUGCUCUUUUGUUUGAUUGAAAUUAGAAUGAAGAGGAGAACUUGGAAUGCCCGUCUAUGGCCCAUGACAUUUUACAGGGUAAUGUGUUAAUUUGCUCCAUGUGCUGUUUCUUCGUUCAUGUUGUUUGUUUGUGUGUUUUCUUGUUUUGUUUUAGACCAUGCUUGUUUUCAAAAUCGUGAGAAACAGCUCCAAUCCGAAGAACAGAAGCUACUCUACAGAACAGCCGCUGUUUUCUUAGUCUGUACCGUAAAUAAUCUCGGCCUUUUUCCAAACCACCUGUUUUACAAAAAACUGACUCAUCGUCCUUAUUCCACCUCGUCUGAUUGGACUUGUCGCCUGAUCAGAAAAUAUCUUGAUUAUCUUAUAUAUUUUCAUUACUGUUUCCUACUUUGUUUCCACAGAAAUUAGCCGGCAGAACGCUAUUUUUUAGCUUUUUUAGGCGAGCGACGACGAGCGUGAAGCGAACGUAGGCGGGGGGUAGCGCAAGUCACGGCGCGUUGAAAUCAAGUCGAAAAAAUUAUUUUAUUUUGUCAUUUGUUUCGCGCCCCUCCCGUCGGACGUGUGUAGUGCUCCACGCUUGCAUCGCGCUUGCUUUCGUUCGCCUGAAAAACGCAAAAGUGAAAAAGAAACAAAAACAAAACAAAACAAACAAGAAAAAGGCCUGUUCUGCAGGUUAACCGAACUUCAUCCUGUUAUUCACUUUAGAGGGAGUUUUUAGCCAUGUAAAUACUUGUAUUCAUAAAGGCUGCUUUUAACAGAUUUUGCAUCACUCAAGUGUGGCAAACCUUCAACUGACGACCUUCUUCUUAUUGCUUAUGAUCUUGGUUCCUCGUGGAAAAUGUAUGGAAGGGCGCUUCACCUAGACGAGCCACAGCUAGAACAGAUUGAGGAGGACGAGCGGAAACUUAUCGAAAAGAGCUAUGGUAUGCAGGAGGUUUAAUCCAUGUGUUUAUUGAUAGUCCUUAAAAGAUAAUCUAAUUCGCUUGACUUGCCUUUGAUUUAAAGACAUGCAAAACAUCUCAUUUGAAAACACGUCUUCAAAAGCCUAAAAGUCUAAGUUAACCAGUAUUUAAGGCCGAGCCACGGUUUAGACGUUUUCUCGGUAAACAACGUUUAAACCGUGUUUGAAAUGCAUUAUUACAACAUGAAUGAGCCAGCCUCCUCCUCAGGCGCAUCGUUUUUCGCAAGGUAGAAGGGAGCGACUGGUGAUGAACCGCGAGGGUCCAUGCGAAGGGUACAGACGGCAGGCGAAGCCCGUUGUCUCCUUCCCGCCUCCCUUUGCGCGCACAUUUUCUCCGAGAGAGAGACGUCUGGGUACGAGGCAGUGACUGAGCCUUGUUUUUCCAGUCAAUGGCUAGACAAUGUCUCACAAGGAAAUGCAUUGUCUGUGGGGUUAUUUGUCUGCACAUUUAAUUCCCUGUUGGAAGUUGUGACUCGCUAUCGUCUCUAAAUCCGGAAGAACAACCAAUUUUAGCAAAGAAGAAAAGCUCUUAAUGGCGGCAUUGAGAGGAGAAUUUCCAGAAGCAGAUAAAUAAAGGACACGACGACAAAACGAUGCAAAAAUUCAACUCUCAAAAUCCAAACGGUAUCAAACGGAAAAUGAAUCAGAUCCAACGAUGCUGAAGGCGACUGAAACUCCAAUCCAGGAAAGUACACGAUUUGCAAAGUCGUGAAGGAAGAAAAACUAGAGGAGGAAGGGGCUUAUUUUUAGGGGGGCUUUUUUAGGAAAUUUAUGUCACCAAUUAGUUGCAGCAAAUUUUUUACUGAACGUCUUGAGGACGUAGAUCUGUCUAAAACUCAGCCAUGCAAGUACUUUGCCUAUAUGGACCGAGGAAAUCCAAACCAAGGCUGAAGAGUAAACUACUAUACGAAAACAGUAAUAUACUAUGGCACUUUUUGACUGCAGUCAUUUGGCACGCUUAAUAGGUCGUUGGCAAAUGUCCAAAUUUAUAUGUGUUACUCAGUACAGUUUUUGCAUGCUUUGUUUUAUUUUGAAUUUGAGGGCAAUUUCCGAGUAGAAGCCCUCGGGGGCUUGUAUUAGGAGGGGCGAUUUAUCGGAGGGUUUGUUAUGUUACAAGUUUAGGGGGCUUAAAUUUGGAGGGGCUUAUUUUCGGAAUUUUACGGUAUGCCAAAUUCUUAAGGAAUGACAGAGAAUGUUCUUUAUCGUCGCCAAUGACCUGCUCAAAAGUUCACCCCUGUUGUAUAAAAUCUCAAGACGGUGUAAGAGGUAGACCUCUGUUUGUAUAAUGUUGAAAGGUCUUUAUUCAGAAUUUUUUAGAGGUCAGUGCCCGAGUCUCUUUUCUAAUAAGGCGAGAACGCAAUCGAAAAUCUUCGCAAUCAAAUUCCUGUAAAUGGUAAAAUCUGUCCCUAAGGUGCGGAAUUUGAUGAACAUGUAUAUUACGUCGAUUGGGGUAGUCUCUUUCUCUCUUAUAACUCUCUGUUGCUCAGUGGUUUCAGAGCAUUUCAAAAUAGAUGGCCAUGAAAAAACCGUUAAACAAGGUUUAAACCUACCUGUGAGCAGGUUUAACUUCAUAUUGCUCUUUAGUCGGUCUUAGACACGGUCUAAACAAGGUUACGGAAGAACAGCGUUUAAAUAAUCGGUAUUCAUGACUUAAACAUGGGUUAGACGACGACUUUCAUAAACGCUGUCUAAACUUGGUUUAAAUAACCGGCCCUUAAAAUUUACUAAACUGGUCCUUGGAGGUUUUUAGUAAAAGUGGAGAAAACAAAGUUAAGUAUUUAGAAGGACGGCAAGACUUUCACGUUCUAGCAUGUAGAUAUGAUACGUCUGCGGUGUAUACUUGUUCCUGAUUUUCGUGUGUAGGAAUUAACGUAACUUGAUCCCCCUUCAGGUAUGCUAAAGAAAUGGUUGGAGUCUUGUGGAGACACAGCAACUUAUCAAUGUCUUGCGGAAGCAUUCCAACAACUGGGACGAGCAGAUCUUGCUGCAAAGUACUGUAACGUGCACAGCGAUCCCUGUAAUGGUAAGUGCUGGAGUCCUCGUUGAAAAUACUUUAUAUUGAGUUCCGCAUAUUGGUUAACAGGAUCGUAGGGUGGCCAGCUCGUCAUUGGGAACUUCAACAUUUUUUUAAGUACGAUAACUCCUCUUAUAAAUUGUACGGUCUGGCUUUCCUCCUUUGUUUUGUUGUUUGUAUUAUUGUUUUAAAACUAGUUUUUGGCGGCCAACUUUGCCUUCCUUCCACCUUGCACCUUGUCUAGUUCAUAGUCAUGCAUAGUUCACAAGUAGCACCACCCUUGCGGCUAACGCUUUCAACCAUUACACAGUCGGGGAGGAGAAAAGAGCUCUUUUCUCUGCGGCUGAAACAAGACCUGAAACCGGCGUCUGCUCUGGAAGGCUAGGAUGGACAUGUGGGAUUACUGUGUAACUUGCUUAUCAAGCUGAAAAGUAGAAUUGUUUCCUAUUUUUCACAGAUUAUGUGGUUUUGCCUUCAUCGCCUUCAGUUAAGGCUGGCACACCAUCCAGUGAAGACCUUCUCGAUAUUGCUGGUGAAUUUUGUGCUUCUUGGAAGAUGUUCUGUCGAGCAUUACACCUCACUGAAGCCACGCUGGCACAGAUCGAGGAGAACAAGCGUGAUAUGGUCAGCAAAUGCCACGGUACAGUUACUGAAAAUACUUUCAUAAGCUGAAGCCUUAAUAAGCUCUAAUGUCGAUGCGUUGCUUUAGUUGAGUAGAAAAGAAAAGUAGGUUGCAGGCGAUUAAUAAGUGAGUCGGUUAAUGUCAACAAGACGUCCUCAAACCCCAAGGGGAAAAAAUAAUGAUGAUGAUGAUUAUGUAAUAAAACAGAAACAAUAAUCUUUAUGAUUUCUGCUAAAAACGAAGUUCAGCACCAGAUAUUUUUACGUUAACUAAGAACACGUAUUUUACCACUGCAGCUGUGUUACGCAUGUGGACAGAAAAGUGGGGAUCUGAGGCGACCUAUGAACGCUUGGCACAGGCACUGCAGCACCCAGUUGUUAAGCACUCAAAUCUGGCUGCUAAGUAUUGUCACUUGAACAAGAGUACUUCUUAA